AUGGCCAUUGUUGAUUUGAAAGCUGAUAAUAAUACUACUACGUCUCAAGGCAAUGCUACUUCUUCUUCAUUAGCUGUUGCUGAAAUUCCUUCCGGGGGAAAUGGACAAGUAAGAAACGAGACUGCUCCUUCUUAUACUAAUCAAGUUGUUAUUAACAACAAAAACAAGCAUCAAGGAAGAGGAGGAAGCGGUGGCGGCGGAGGUGGAGGAGGCUACUCAUGGGGAUGGGGAGGAGGUGGUGGCGGUGGUGGAGGUGGAAGAGGAAGAGGAGGAGGAGGAGGUGGUGGUGGUGGCGGAGGUGGUGGAGGUGGCGGGUGGGGGUGGGGAGGAGGAGGAGGAGGGGCUGGUUGGUGGAAAUGGGGUUGUGGUGGUGGUAAAGGAAGAGGAGGAAGAAGGAAGAGGAGGUUUGAUGAGGCUGAUUAUGCGGUGGGGGAGUUUGCACAGUGCAUGCGCAAAGGGCGGUGUAAAGGCAUGAGAUUAGAUUGCCCUCUUCACUGCGGAGGGCCUUGCUACUAUGACUGCCAAUAUAUGUGCAAGGCUCACUGCAAACGACGUCGUUCCUGAUUUACUCUUGUUAACGUCUACUACGGCGCCUCUAUCCAUUUGUUUCGAACAGUCACAUUAAUCCUCCACGAUUAAGAGAGACUUGCAAGCAACUAGCAUUAGUGCUCUAUCUCUCUCUCUCUCUAACUUUCCUUGUCUUUUUUUCCUUAUUGUUUUUCUAAUUUGUUUUUUUUACUUUCGUUCAACCUUGUUUUUGUUGUUGUCCAAUGUCUGCUGUAUUUGCAUGCAUGCUGUAACGACUUCAGUUAAUUUGAGGGAAAUUUUCAUUCAAUUUAUUGCAUUCUUUUAUGUCAAGUUAAUAUACUACCACAUUUAAUGAUUUUUUCACUCUCCUUUUGUCUAUUUAUAGUUUAUUUUAUUUUAUUUUUAUUAUUAAAAAUUUAGAGAGAGGGAAGGCUACCCCAUCCCAUAACAGCGGAAGUCUUAACCCUUUUUUUGUUUUUAUAUAUUAUCCACACAC